CUUUAGGAGUGAUGGAGGUUCAGGCUCUGCCUGGGCAAAGAAGUAGAAGCCUGGAAGAAGGAGGUAAAAAUGGCCUAAGGCUAUUCCAAAUAAACAAAAAACUACUAAAAUACCUAUGGGAACAGGCUUGGCUGUAGGUGUGUGCAAUACUUGAUUAGAACAAGGAUAAAACUAGCAAGUGAGAAAACUUUUAGUUGCCCUGCCAUUUAGCAUAUCAGACAUAGGUGGUUUCUGUGGCCUGUGGAGGUUUGUCAGAAUUGAUUCUUGCAACAAUUGUAAAUGGGAAACCAUCUGUGCUGACUGCAGAGAUGAGCAAGGUGAAAUGAGUGGGCUCUUUGUCAGGGAGCACCAAGGGCAGGCUGCUCCGAAAGGGAGGGUAAGCUGGGAGCUGAGAGUCAGAGCAAGGCAGGCAGGGCAGUGGCCUUGCUAACAAAGGAACAGUCCAACAGUACCUUAGCAGGAAGAUAAAACGGAUCAAGGAAGGUGAGAACUUAGAUCAGUAGGGUAAGGCGUGGGCCUGGCUGCAUUUUAGCUCAGACAGGGAUCAAAGGUGAGAAUCUCAGCGUAAAUACAGCUCUCAGGCAAAGGAGGGGUAGGACCUUGCUGAGGAUUCUCAAAGCAAGACACCAAUAUCAUUUAAGUUGGCCUUGAGUCCAGGAAGCUAAACUCUCAGAAAAUGGAGAAUGUGCUCAGGGCUGUGAUGUUCUUCCAUUGUCAGUUUGGUCAAGUCUGCUUACAGCCUUCUCUUCUUGCCCAGCCCCACUUGCAGUCUUCCUGUGUCAGGACAGCAAAGCUCUGCACAAGGUUGUCUUGGAAGUAUCACAGAAGUUUGCAGUCUGGGCAAAGGUGAGAAGUCCUAGCCUUUUUAGCCAGCAGUUUGAAUGGGCACCAGUGAACACUGGGCUUCAUUAAACACCUCUGUCAAAUGCAUAUAAAUAUUCUAGCAUCUGUGGUAGUCUAGGAAAAAAUAGCUCUAGUUUUCUUCAGACCUAGGAGCAAAGCUGUUAUUCCCUGGGGUGAGUAUGGUAGAUACAUUGGGUAGGUCCCAGCAGACAGAAGGUGAAGAGUCGUAUCCAUGAGCUGUGAUGAAGCUUGACAGUGGCUUUCCAGUAACAGUUUGCAGUAGGAAGGAUUGAAUAGUCUAAGAAAGUGUUUUUCCAGAGCGAGAGGUUUUUCAGGUAAGAGGUACUUCAUAGAGAUGCUGAGAUGUAUUGUUGCUGGUGUAAUAGAGAAGCGUAGAGGACCGGUAGAUAAUUUGAAGGAGAAAGCUUAGUCCUCUUUGGAGAUCUUGUUCCCAACGUCCUUUCUCAGUGCGGCAUCUUGGGCUGAUAGCCUGCUGGAAUGCAACAGCUUGACAUGCCUGCUCUCCCUUUCACCCUGGCUAUCGCCAGGGGUAAUCUUUCCCUUCCUCUUGGUCUGCAAGGGGGAGAAGUCGUCCGUGACACGAAGUUACUGGUGAAGUGACUUCAUCUAUGAGCAGAGCAGCUGAAUCCUCCAUCUCCUUCUGUGCUUUCUGUUGCAAAUGCUUUCUUUUAACCUAGCAGAAGCAGAAUGCAGGCACCUUAAGACUGCACAACAGUACUCUCUAGAUUAAGGCAUAAGCCCAGGCCUCUAAUAUAGAUCAACAGAUCAAACCAAGGAAUAUACUUCUUAUGCUCCACAUAAUACAACAACUGUUUUUUUGGGGCAUAUGGGAAGAGCUGCGCUCUGAGAGGGACAGUGGACAACUGGGGAGGAAAGUUAAUACUUGUGUUGGCCAAAUGGGAAAUGGAGUGUAGCAAAUGGAAAGAGCCCUGGAUGCUGAAGAGAAACUUAAGUGUCAAAUGAAAGAUCCCAGUUUUGUUUGGUCAUUGGUUGUGCAGCUUCUCUUGUGACAGCUGUAGUUGGGGAGGGAUGUGAGCAUUGCCACCUUCCCCACCCCCCAUUAAUUCUGUUCUGUGUUCAGUGACUUUAAAAUUCCUGUCCCACAGCCAUGUGGUAACUGUUCUUACCACAGCCACGCAACUUUGCAGGCACAAGCUUACAGCUUUAACAAAACCUCAGUAUUGCGUGUAGACUCCUGAAGAAAUGGAGGUAAAGAGAUAUCCCUAGUUGAGUUGGGGGUAGAGGGGCGAAUAGAAUCUGCAUCUGAAGUGACCCUGUUAAAUCAGCAUAAAUCUAGAAAUCUCUAGGAGAGAGCAGAACUGGGUUGUUAAUGUGUAAAAGCAGAUCACUGCAGCCCAUGUAGUUCACACACAACGUAAUGCCUCAAGGCCUAGGUGAUCCAUUGAGUGCUCAUUAUAUUAUGUGAACAAUAGAUUCUUAUUUUAGAGACUAUUUUAGGUUUAUUUUCUUCCAAGUUUUGUCCACACUAAUAGGGAAAACACAUUACAGGAUGCAGUAGCUAUUGAUGGACAGUGCCCUUCUAGUCUGAUAGCUUAAUUUUGCUAGCUGCCAUUGGCGAUAGCUUUGCGCCCUUAUCCAGACUUAGGGCUCCAACAGACGUAUGCCAAAGCUGCCUUUGAGUAUGGGAAGAUCAGUCAGCAGUCUGAAGUGGCUAAAGACCAGAGUGACGUUUGGCCAGUUGUCACUGAUGGGAGACGCAAGGUGAAUGGCUUACAUCGCUUAUGCCUGGGGCAGGCCAGCCAUGUACUUGCAAUGGUCUGCUUUUCCUCUCUUUUCCCAGGUCUUUAUGGGAUAAAAACGCUACUGCAUGAUGAGAUAGAGGCAGCUGGCUUUCUUGAGGCCAGGCUUCUUAAUUCUUGGAGCAGUCUGAGGAGAAACCCAGUGAGCCAGGGAACAGCCUGUAACUUCCAGCCUUUGUAUUCAAUUCAGCCCUGUGCUGUUGGGAUGUACACAGAUCUGGUGCUCUGCUGCCCUCCCAGCCUGGUCUGCAAGCCUGCCUGGUCUGCGGAGAGCAGUGGCUGGGGGCACCUGCAACCAGGGACUAGGAGUGUGGAGUCCCACUUGUGACCUUGUGCUGCCAUCUGCUGCUGAGCCACCUUGUUCCAAGGGUUCUGGCAAUCCCUGGGCUCAGCUGGGGAGGGGGUAUGCAGGCAAGUGUCACCUAGCUAGAAGUAUCUGGAGCUGGUGCCCUUGAAAUGCUCUUCUAAAAAGAAAUGACAGCUGGCACAUGGCAGCAAAAGCAUACUGUCUCUCAGGAACUUGGGCAAGGGCUAGACGUGGCUAUGGAACAAGCCACAAAGCAGAACUGCAGUAUCUGGAAAUGCCCCCAGGAGCAUCCCAGAUAGAAGGGGAAGGAAAGGGUUUCUCGAAUUUGGCACACAGCCCAGUAGACCAAAUGGGAAAGGAAGGUAGGCAAACAUAAAAUGCCAGAAAAGGAAUUUGAUGGGUCCCGUUUACAGUCACCCAAAGCUGUUCUGGAAUUUUAAAGUUUGCAUAAGCCUUUUCAAAUGUUUCCCUGAGUCCAACAGCAGCUCUCAAUUCAUGUCCAUCAGCAUCAUGACUUGUCAUUCAAAUGCUUUCCUGGGUGACUUUAGACUUGAUAAGCAGUGAGUUUUACAGGAGGCACAGUUUGAAGAUUUAUUUUUUUCCAUCUCUUGACAACUUGGCAGUAAUGGAAUUAAUUUCUUCCAGAUGCUGAAGUGUUCUGUUACCUAAUGCCCUCUAUGCUUUAGUGCCCUCAUGCACAGAGAGGGUAAUGUAAGACUUGGAUUCAAGAUGUUCCAGGACAGGCACAUAUCUCCUCUGGUGGUAUAGCAGUACAUGUGUAUUUGUGUUGUCUUUAAAGUUUGGCCCUUAGGAGCUGAUUUCCUCCUGGCCUUUUCUGAAGUGAAGGCUAAGCCCUUGCCCAUGAGCAUUGGUUAAGGUGAACUGCUUCCAAAGAUGUGUGGAGAUGCUAAAUCAGUAGUGCUACGCAAACUAUUGCUUUGGUUAGAUGCCAGGGACGAGGAAUUUAUUCUAGGGUGUAGCAGUACUGGGAAGAUAGGAGAGGUCUGGGAGGCUGUUUCCUCUGGGAGGAAAAUAUAUGAUAUGGGGCUAGAGAUAUGGCAGCAUGAGCUGAUGUCUGGCCCAGAAUUAGAGGCUGCUGUCACCAAUACCUAAGGCUGAAGUCAGCACAAUAGUAAGUGUGUAAACUGUGCUUGGAAGCUACUGCUGUAUAACUGUUUUGGGGGUAGAAUAUCUAUUUCUGAAGGCUACCACAGAAAUAAAGACAUUUGGGGGGAAGGGAGGAGAACAGAAAAAGCCUGUUCCAUACAGAAGUAGAGGAGGGUGUUUUCAGCAGUGAACCUGCCCUGCGUAACCUAAUCUAACUUCAGAAUUAGCUCUGCUUUGAGCAGUGGUUGAACUAGAUAUCUCCAGAGAAUCUGUCCAAGCUGAGUUAUUCUAUAACUCAACUUUUGUGCUAGGCCCUCAAUGCAGCGGUGAGGUGGGUCCCAGGAUGGGGCUGGGGGACAGCAGUGGCUGGUGAGAAGUCCGAUAUGGGAGUUUGAUAGGCUGUGGGGAGUGCUAAGGUAAGAUGACAAUUCUUCAGGUUAGAAAGGGCAGAGGCCACAGCUGUUGCGGAAAGACCAGUGCUGCUCCUUCCCAGUUUAAAAUGCUAAAUAUGCAAGUAAACGUGAACUAGAGGCAGAGUCUAAAAGACAGAGGCCAUGGUGUUAUCGGCCAGUAUGAGUGAGCAGGGAGCACUUCACCCUUUGAGUCAGUCCUGGCUGGCAGCUCUAAGACCUGUAGGAACUUGGCAAGAGAGGGUCUUUUGCCCUCUGAAUCAAUGCUGGCUCCCAUGCUGAGGGCUGGCACAUGGGAAUGCUCUUUACCUUCCCUUCUUUUUCCUGCGGUGCCAACACUGAAUUCAGUGCCUUAGUGUGUUAAAAGUAGGUGAUGCAGGCAACUUGAUGGGGAAGAGGACUUUUUGUUCCUAUCUGACUGUAUUAACAUCUGUGUCCUGAUGGGAAUCCUUCAUGUGUUUGAAUUUCAAAGUUAUGAGUGCCUGGCAUUAAAAAUUCCCAAACACAUUUCAGGGAAUAGUUGCUGGAGGCUUAUAGGAACUUCCAGCUGAGGUGACUAUACUUGGCUUAAUUCAGUCCUUCCUGAGUUGUUUCCAGAUGGCCGCCUUCUUCUUUUCCUACCCUGAUUGCUUAGCUAGGACUGCCGUGAACUGGAGCUGCAGCAGUCUGUUCUGGAGGCAGGUGCUCUGCCUGGCCCCACUCUCUUCCUCUGAGAGAGUAGCAUGCCAUGCAGUGGGUGGGAGGGGACGGAAAUGGAGCCUGGCCUUCUGGGCUGUAGGAUGCUGCUAGGUAAGGGUCAGCGCAGGCCACUUAAAAUCUUUCUGAUAAAUCUACCCUAAUGAGGGUAAAAGCAGAGUGAUGGAGCCAUGCAGUAUCAGUGCUCAUGCAUGCUGUGCAGAGCUUGGGAGACUGGUGUGACUGUUCCAGUGCCCUCUGGCGGAAUUGUUUAACCAAUGCAGCUCACACCAAAACCACCUCUCUGAGAAGGCUUUACUGCAUUCCCCUAAUGUGCAUGAAGAGGAUGUGGGAGGGAAACAGGUUGAGAACAAGAAAGAGUGGCCCUAAGGCUGCGGCAUGGGUCUGGGUGACCUUAUCUGAUUGUGGUCUUGUUUCCUUGGUGAUUAUGCUUGGAUUGAUUUGCCUUUUUGUGCUUUUCUUUUCAUACCGCCACCACUACUGUCAAAAGAGAGAGAUGAGGUUACUUACCUCUUGGGGCAGAGAUAUAUCAAGGUAAAUUUAAGUCUGAGUUCUGUACAAUCCUUAGACAGAUAUUGACAAUGAAAUAUGAAUGAUUGUCUCUGUGGGAAGGUGUUAUUAGCACUUCUGUGAGCUAUGUGGCCAUAGCUUGUUUACACAGAUGCUGUGUGCUCUCUCUAAGGCCACAGACCUCACACUUCUGCCUUUGAAACAGGUCAUUGGGUCUGGCAGCCCAGGACUUAGAUCUGUCCUGGGUUUGGAGUCAGAUGUAGUGCAGCUAUGGCAAGCAGCUACAAUAUGAUCUGGAUCUGAUACCCAGCUUAGGCCUUGAGAUUUGUGGCUCAACCCCAAAAGAGGAAGGAGGUGAAGAUGUGAUGUUCCCCAUAAUGACAUAAAACAGCUGUGGGAUAAUGGAUAUGAUUGUGUCCUCUGUUGGCUUUGGUUGGAUGAUUGGUUAAUUAGGGGAGAAAAAGUAUCAUCCCUCUUCUGAGAAAACAGUCCUGGGUUAACAGUUUUUGGAUAGAAGAGGGUUAGGGUUUGUUGUCUUGUCUCUGGAUACUGUUCUUGUCUUGUUCCAAAACUGCCUAUACCUGAGGGAUUUCAGGAACCUGUGAUCACGGGAGAACAUAGGUCUUUUCCCCAUUGCAAAGCUGACCAAGUUGGAUCUCUCUCAGCUCCAUUCUACAUGAACCCCUCAGUUCUUUCUAAAACUUGAUGGGGCAGGGGUGAGCACAAACCCUGCUGGUGAGGAACUUCUCUUUCUCAUUUCUUCUACUCUCCCUUCCCUCCACCAUGUCCUCCAUGGGACUGCAGCCAUAUAGUGAGGAGAGCUGUUGGACUGGGUCAAAAUGCUAGAGGGUAACCCUGGGUGGUUUUGGUAAGGAGACAGGGUUGGUGCUAACUCAGGCCUGCCUAUGCUGAUGUGCUGCCACCUGCUAGAAAUCAAUAUGGUUUUCCUCUGAUACCAGUUUUGUUUUAUCCCUCUCACACUCUGCUCUAGCCUCCCUUUUCUUACUCUCCAUUCAGUUUUUCCCUGUUUUCCCCUUCACCCCUGGAUGCUCUAAUUCCCCUGCCUCUGAGCUUCCACAGCUCCAUACUCCUUUUCUUCCUAGGUCUCCUAGUACCUCCUUAUUGCACUCUGUUUAUUCUGUCAUCAGCAGAGUUUACUACCUUCCAGAAGAGAUCUCUUCUCCCUGCAGCUCUGGCCAGAGUUGUCAGCCACAUGUGAGGAGGGCAAACAAUGUUUUUUCUCUCUUGUCCCAGCUGGCUGCACUGCACCCACACUGUAUCCUAGAGCUAGGUGAACUGUGCAGUGAGAAUUGUAGUAUCUUGCCCCUCCUUGUCUGUGCAUCUUAGCUAUUUCCUCACAGCCUGGUAGACAGGUGGAUCACUUACUGCCAGAUCCAUUCUUACCAGUUGAAUCCCUCAGGAGCGCUCAAGGAACUCUUUCACUGCCUGACUCUCAGACGCUAGAUAUUUGCCAUCCCUUACUCACCACACAGUACUGGGCCUUGGGGCCAGUAUCUCCAUGGCCAAUUCUGCCUUAAUCCCUAGGAGAUCCCUAGGAGAGAAGCAAGGUGUUGAGGUGAUGUGGGGAAAGGAGGGAGGACUAAAAAGGUGGAGCAGGUUCACUCCUGAUGUGCUUCUCACCCUGGUGCAGGGAGCAAAGGCAAGAGAACUUGAGUGACUUGGAGGAGCAGGCUAACUAUAAGUGCUAUAAGAGCAGGUGGUGGCUGGAGUGCCCUCUCAGUAGGGAGAGGAACAGAUUAGGUCAGGGUAAGAUCAGAGCAGAGAAUUUUGUGAAAGGAGCAGGUGUGGACUGUGCUUCAAUAAGAGCUUAGAGGUCUUGCGAGAAGGUCUUGUGCUAUCAGUGCUCCAUUCAGAAACUGAGCAAAACAACUCACAAUACUGAGUGUUGAUAGAUACAACUACAUGAAAGAUAAUAAAAGGAGAAAAUGGCCCUUCUUGCUCUCUGCUUUGCUUUCCAGAAUGCAGUACGCUGCUUUUCCUGUGUGUAGGUCUAUGCUCUGGGGGAGACGCCUACCACUGGCAGAACAGCUAGCCCCUGGAAGUGUGCUCAGGUACCAAAGGCUGCCAUACUGGCAGCAUCCCCCAGCUGGCUGGGAGAGCUAAAGCCUGCUCAAGAGGAUGAAAGCACAUCAACAGCCCCAUUUGUGAUGCUGUUUACAGAACUUCAAGCCCUGAUACUAGCACCUGACUACAGCACUUGCCUCCAGGCAAACCUCGAACUGAGAGAUGCUUUGGACAAGUAAUCUAAGAAUGACCAUACUGAUGUUAGUGCUUAAAGACUAAAACCAGGGCAAACAAACAACAUGUUCUCCUUGAAUGCUUUGUCCCCUUCCAACCAUUAUCAGAAUAGGAACUUACUGAGUAGGACAUGGUUGCUGUGCGUUCAGUAAACAGUUUUUUUCAGUUUCCACCUUUAAGCCAAGUAAGCUUUUCAGCAUGCACAACGUCCUGGGGUAAGGAGUCCAUUGCUCUACUAUCAGUUAUGUGAAGAACCACCUUCCUUCAUUAACUGACUCCUACAAGACAUUGAAAGAAGGAAAUAGUUCUUGUGUUAAAAGAAACAAAUUAAGUCCUCACCAACCCUUUCACUGAUGAUUUCGUAGACCUUUAUCAUCUCUAUUCUAAAAUUUCCCUUUUCCAGAUGGAAAUGUCCUGUAUUAGUUAGCUGUUCUUUAUAUGACAGUCCUUCAAGUUCAUCCUUGUUGGGUUUUCUCUGAACCUUUUCUGGACCCUUCUUGAGAUGAGAAGAUUGGAGUUAAGUGGGUGUAACGAUACAGUGCCAUAACAAUAUUCUCCUUUCUAUUCUUUUUUCAUUAUUCCUGAUGUUUGGUUUGCUUUUCUCUUUGCAUCUGAACUGAUUUUUGAUGUUGGCUAUAAUCCAAGGUUUCCUUUGAAUGGCAAUAGUCACCUCAGAGUCCCUCAUUUUAUAUGUGAAGUUAGGGCAGGUUUCCCUAAUGUGCUUUGCUUCGUUUAGAUACUUACUUAUGUUGGACUCUAUCCUUUUAUCAUGUAGUUUCUCAGUGUCAUCCUUCUGCAGUUCUUCACAGUUUGCUCUUGUCCUUACUGCCCCAAAUAAUUUGUUAUCAUUAGCAGACUUUGUCAUCUCAUUCCUCUUUGCUUUGUUGUUUAAGGACAUACUAGCACCUGUCUUACUGCAAACCUGGUAGAGCUCUAUUGGUGCUUUCCAUUCACUGAGAGAACUGAUUCCUACCCAUCUUUCUUGUCUGCUUACUAGGAAAAGAUCUAUCUUCUUAUCCCAUGGCUCACUUUCCUUAGAGAUGUUUGCUAAGGAACUUUGCUGAAAGUCUUUGGAAUCCAAGUAGCUAGAUUACUCUUACGAAUAUGCUUGUUGAUCCCUUUGAAGAACUUAAAGGGCUUUGUUAGGCAGGAUUUCCCUUUAUGAAAGUUAUAUCGACUCUCCCAAGUAGAUCAUACUUACACAUGUGUCCAUUAACAUUAUUCUUUUAUUAUAAUUUCUGUUAAUUUGCCCAAAUCAGAUGUCAAACCUCUCAUUUGCUAGAUCUCUCUCGAUUUUUUUUUUUUCCCUUUGGUUUAAUCUUUGCCAUCCUGUGAUUCUCUGGUUUGAAGGCAGUUUAAGACAAAAGGCCACCUACCAGAGCAGUGGUGAAUUAGCAGUUCAGCUAUUUCAUCCCCAAAUUUCUUGGGAACCCCUGGGACCAUCCUGCCCAGAUCUGCUAAUUCCAUACCAUCUUCACAAUUACUUUCAUUUUAGGUGGGUUCUUUGAUUUAUUCCCCCGCAAAAGAAGGAUCUGGUUUGGGAAUCUCAACACUUUCUCCUGGUGUCAGUGCUGUUGCAAAUAAUUCAGUUAGCUCUGUUUCAAUGUCCCUGUUCUCUCUGACUGCUCCUUUUAUUCCCUGGUCUUCAGUUGUCCUCAAAGUCUGUGAAAAGGUUUCUGCUUUCAAUAUGCAUAGAAAAGGAUUUAUUACUAGUUCUGAUGACUUCUACUAGUUGUUUCUGAGACUCUUUUUUGCCUUGCAUUUUGGGGGUUUUACAUUUAAUAGCUGUCACGAUCCUUUAAAUUUUCCUGCUUUGGAUGCAAGGUCAGCUUGUUGAAGAAUGCGUACUGAUACUCCCUCUGGCUUUACAUUUUGGCCACACCAGCUUCCUUUUGCCUGAUCUCAAAUCCGAUAAAGAGGUGCUAAGCAUUAGCUUUGGGCUGCCAGCAUGAUGUCCAUGUGUAGUCUCCAUGAUACCUGUAGUAACUGAAUUCCCUUAGCUGCACUUCUCAGUUCUGAGUUCUAACAAGCUUCUUACUUCCCUGCAGCUUCCUCUAGCUGUGCUCAACUUCCUUCAAAAGGGUGGGUUUUUUUGUGGGGGGUGUUUUUUGUUGUUGUUGUUGUUUUGGGGUUGUUUUUUUUGUUUGGUUUUUUUUUUUUUUUUUGGAAUAUGUGAAGUCACAGCUUUAGGACUCAAGGCCUUCUCUUUUCUCAGUAAAUUCAAUUUUAACCCAAUUAAUUCAACUUGACUUUCAAACCAACCAAGGCAUUUCUCUGCUGCUAUGUGGACCUGUUUGCAAAAAUUGGUGAAACUGGUUAUGAGGUAAAACACCUGCAGAUAUUGCCUUACUAAAACUUCACUGAGAAGUGGAAGUCGAGGGUAGUCAGGGGAGAGAGAAAGUUAGUGCCUCUGCUGCUUUCUGUUUGGGUCAGCUAGCCAACUGAUGCUUACACGACCACUGAAAAGCAGCAGCCUCAACCUAGGUAAGGAGGGGACUCGGGAAUGUUGUGCUGAUCAAACCAGAGAAUCCUAAGAAGCUGGGGAUUGCGAGGUAAGUGGGAGUUACAAGUGCAGGAGGUAUCUGGAAGUAUAUGAGUGGGGUUGAGUUGAAAGAUGUAUCUGAGGGAACACAGGUAUUGUGGGAGGACCUGGAUGUACUGCACUGGGUGGGCAGAAUGAAUGUGGAGGGAGGAACUGAGGAACUGCAGUGUGAGUGCUAGGAAACAAAGUUUGCAAGGCUUGUUUUUUAGUAAGGUAGGAUAGUGAUUAGGCUUCAGUGCUCUUCAGGGAGCAGAAUUAACUGUUUUUUGUUUGUUUGUUAUGUUUUCUUUUUUUUUUUUUUUCUUCUUUUGUUUUCCAUCCCUGCGACCACCUGCUGGGCUCACUUCCCUUCCAACUCCCACCCCAUUACUUGCCAGCAGUGCCAGUCAAAUUCAAAGACAUUAAUUUUAACUUCAGGAAUAUCAUCUCAGUGUUGCUGCACAGUGCCACACAUUGUAUCCUGUGGAGGUGUAGUUCAGAGUUGAACUUUGGCUGAAAGCAACAACUCUAUUGAUGGCUGAGAGGGAAGAACUGAGCCAUGUCCUGAUGUCUGGGAGAGGUGUAGUAUAUUCUAAUAAAAUCAGCAGCUGAAUUUACAUCUAAUAUGCAUCAGCAGUGCUUGGAGAUGUAUUUCAUCAGCAAAAAAGCCCAUGAAGCUACACAGUAACUUCUUCCUCUGUCUGCUGAUUGUGUUUCCUCUUUUUACACAGUGGUCAGUCUAAAACCCUGCCAGGAAGUAAGCUUUUUUUCUGUAAGACUGAGUCUGUUGUGACUUGGUUAUGGGCCAGGCAGAGAAUUACUCUGAGUGAAAUCUCAGCAUGAAAUUUCAGAGCAUAACUAGGUUUCAGCAACCACAUAGGUGCACUUAGGUCCCACAGGAGGGCAAGCCUGAUGACAAAGGAAUGAGGCACAAGGAUGUUAGGAAGAAAAGGAGGCUGAAUGCAACCUUCCAAGGGACCAGGCUCCUGUCCUGCAACCGCUCUUGUUGUGUAAUGGACUAAGUCACUGUCUUUGCACACAGUUUAAAAAAAAACCCAAAAAACUGAAGCCAGUACAAGAGACAUGAUCAUAUAGUAGCUGAUGGAGAGGUUAUUGCUUGAUAAGGACAUCCAGCUGUGUAUGCCCUAUUCUGUUUAGGGGCAGCUCUUCUCAAUAAUCUGUGCACAAAUAUCCGCUAUAUCCCUCCCUUGCCCUUUACCUUCUGCCACACUGUGCUCCUCUUCUUUCUGAUACAUGUUCUUCCUUGCACGGUCCUGUCUCACCUUUGGCUCUGUCCUAUGUACUUUUUAUGCCAGCUCCCUGGAUGUCCUGCUAUCAUGUCAUCCUGACCUGCUUUGAAGAGCUGCCUGUCAGGCAAACUAACCAAGCAAACCUUUCUUCCUUCUUCAGGUUGAUUACUGGGUCCUAAUUGCUGGUUGAGCCUUUCUGAUGCUUUUUUUCCAGGGUAUCCUGACUCACUGCCAUUUCUGCUCGGAAGUGUCUGAUUUGUUCUUUAUCUCAGCAGCCAUUUCUCUUAAUAGCCCCCUGCCAAUGUAUGACCCUGCUUGUGGGCAUCAUGUUUCCUUCUAGAAAGUGUAUCAAAUAGUAGUCUGGCCAAUUUUCCCCAAGACAACAACAGAGGCCUUUGCCAGAGAGCAGGAAAAGGGAAAUAUAUAGCAGUGGUGGAGAAAAAAUAUAAACCAACCCUUUUCAAACUCAAAAAUGGCGCCUGACUCACUGAAGGGAGCAUUGCUCUGAAAUUCAACAGACUAAAUCAGGCUGUGAUAGAGAUCUCUGUGUGUAAAGCUCUUCCCAAUAACCACUCAAGCCAUAUUUUUAUUUUAGCUUUGCUUUUUCUUUCUUUUUUUUCCUCCACUCUUUCAUUCUCUGUUUCUCCCUGGAUAUGUCAAACUUCUAAUUUUUAUCUUUUCCUCUGCCUAAGGAUAGAACUCCCCAGCCUCACCUCCACAGGUAAAGUUACUUGUUUGAGAUUUCUAUUGGUGCUGGCUGCCAACAGGGGCUGAUUUCCCAGGAUGAGAUAAGGCAUGAGAUAUUUGAUAAAACAAAUGCAGCUUAACCACAACAGACAAAUAAGGGCAGAAUGCAUCUUGUAUUAAGCUGUGCAGGAGGUCAAAAUGGGUUAAGACCCAUGGCAGCUGCAAACCUAAAAGCAAUGGUAAUAAAAAAAGACAGACACAAAGAUAAAUGAAGGAGAGAGAUUAACAAAAAAAAAAAAAGGUGAAAAAAGAGAUGAGAUCUCAAAAAGGAAACCUAUCAGCUAGAAACUAAGUAUGUGUUUUGGGGAAGGAGGAGUGCAACUUCCUUUUCAGUUGCUGGCUUGUUGUUUUUCUUUUCUUUCUCAGGAGUUUCCAUAGUGCUGGGGCUGAUUUCCUAGGCUAAGAAGCCCAAGAUCUGUUCAGAGUGUUUCUGAGCUCCCAGCAAUUCUCAGAUUAUCUGUAGUACUUCCAGCAUUCAGCAUUAGCCUUUUUUCACAGGCAAAGGAUGAAAGAGUAGAUCGGAAAGGCUUUGUGACUCGCUGGUGUCUUCCUCUGAAACCAGGGACCUGGAAGUCCAAGCUUUUAUGUAAUAAACCUAAGAACAGAGAUCAGUAACAUUGUGAUUGAAUGGCAUCAGAAAUCACCUACGCUGAGGUGAAGUUCAAGAAUGCAUCACUGUCUACAGAGGUCAAAGCACCUCCAGAGAAGAAGGAACGUGAGCAUCACACCCAGAAAUACCCACCAUGGCUCCCAUGGCUGAUCUCCCUGAUGCUCCUGUUGGUGUGCAUCGCUCUCGUCAUUACUCUCCUCGUCACUCACUUCUCCCAUAGCCAUGAAGAGCUGAAGGCCUCGCAACAGAAUGCCACGGAGUGGCUCUGCGUCUCAGCAAUGCCACAAAGCAAAGGACAAGGCUGGAUGUGCUGCCCAAUGGGCUGGAGACUCUUUCAAAAAAGCUGCUACUACACAUCAACAGAUUCUAUGUCCUGGAAUGACAGCAAGGAGAACUGCACUGGGAUGGGCUCCCAGCUGGUGGUGAUUGAUACAGAAGCAGAGCAGGUUUUCCUCUCUGCAUGGCUAAAAGAAAAGACUCAAUAUGUGAGAAAAGACAAUUACUACAUUGGUCUGAGUGCACAGAAGGUGGGCCAGUGGCACUGGGUGGACCAGACUCCCUUUAAUGUGACAGCAGCCACUGUAUCCUGCUGUGGUGUUUCCCUGCAAUACAGUGUAGCGCUCUACAGGGUACCCUGGAGAGUAAGAAGUCUGUCUCUGUCUCAGGUUCUGGAGGACUGGGGAACCAAGUAAUGUGGAGGAGGAGAAGUGCGUUGUAAUCCAUUGGAAGGAAGAAAAACACUGGAACUGGAAUGAUUUCCGAUGUGAGGUCCAUUCUCCUCGAAUUUGUGAAGCUGCAGCAAUAACUGUCUGAUGGAGGGCACCUCAUGCUGAGUAAAACUGAGAGGCUAGCAGUGAGCUGAAAACAGCACAGGGG